CUCAAGUGCGCGUUCAAACAACGUAGUGAAUGUAUAUUCUCCGCGUAAUUUGUUUAUUAACAAAUAUCUUGAUUUGUUGACGUAAAAAUUUGUUGACGAGAAUGGAUAACGACAAAAACACGUUGCUUGCAAUCCUGCAAUUACUUCGAAAGUAUAAUUUAAAGGGAACAGAGGAAUUAUUUAAGAAAGAGGCAAACCUAACUAACAUCUCUCCGGAUGAAACUCAACAAACUGACUCUGAGGUGAAUAGUGUUCUCUCCGCCUACAAAAGUGAGGGAGAUCCUGCUCUGUAUGAAAAAGCAUACAGCGAAUUGAAGAAAUUUGUGGAGGGAUCCUUGGAUAUAUACAAGCAUGAACUUGGUACAAUACUCUAUCCAGUUUUGGUACAUAUGUACCUUGAAUUGGUUUACAACAAUCAUUCCGAAGAAGCGAAGCAACUAUUGGAGAAAUUUGGUAGCAAUUUAGAGGAAUAUUAUCAAAAUGACUUGAAGAGAUUGUCGAAUGUGACAAAACGCGAACAAAUGGCAGGAAAUGAACUAACCGACACUUUCAAAUCCAAUCAGUUCAUAAUCAGAAUGUCAAGGGAUACACUUUCUAUAUUAAAGCGGCAUUUACAGGAGAAGAAACAGUCUGUAUUGUUAAAUAUUAUACAGGAGCAUCUUUAUUUUGAUAUGUACGAAGGAGUAGCUAGGAAUAAGCAGCAAAUCGACGCUACAUCGGGUGCAAUGGUUGGCGAAGCAACGAGACAAGACAAUAAGGCAAAAGUAUAUUAUGGACUUUUAAAGGAGCCAGACAUUCAAUGUAUGCCUCCUACCGAAGAAGAAGAGGACGAUACAGGUGGUGCAGACGGGGAUAAACCGAAAAAGAAGAAAGCUAAGAAGGAUCCGUUGUUUUCCAAGAAAACUAAGUCAGAUCCAAAUGCACCACCUGUUGGUAGAAUGCCUCUGCCCAACUUGAAAGACGCGGAUAAGUUGGAAAAAGGAAAGGCACUGAGGGAAGCAUCGAAGCGCGUUAUACUUGGCCCUGAUACUUUACCAUCUAUAUGCUUCUAUACGCUGUUAAACGCGGUGCAUAGUGUAACAGCGGCCGAGGUAGCGGAGGAUUCGAGUUUAUUGGCUAUUGGAUUCGCUGAUUCUUGUAUAAAGGUAUGGAGCUUGAUUCCACAGAAAUUAAGACUGAUGAAGACAGGAGAACAAUUGCAGGACAUAGAUAGGGAAGCAGAUGAUGUACUAGUAAGAAUGAUGGACGAUCGUACAGCAGAAACAUCAAGAUCAUUAUUCGGACACAACGGUCCUAUAUAUAAUUUAUCAUUUAGCCCAGAUCGAAAUCUUCUUCUUUCGUGUUCGGAAGAUAGUACAGUAAGAUUAUGGUCUCUGCAUACGUGGACGUGCGUCGUAUGUUACAAGGGACACUUGUUUCCAGUGUGGUGCGUAAGAUUUUCGCCUCACGGUUACUAUUUCGCAACGUCCUCCCACGACAGGACUGCCAGACUCUGGGCAACUGAUUCUCAUCAGCCACUUCGAAUAUUCGCCGGUCACUAUUCAGAUGUGGACGUAGUACAGUUCCAUCCUAAUUCAAACUACGUAGCGUCCGGGUCCAGCGACAUGACAGUAAGAUUAUGGGACUGUGUAACCGGCAACCAAGUCAGAUUAAUGACAGGACACAAAGCCCCGAUUUACUCCCUUGCUUUUUCCGCAGAAGGGCGAUUUCUGGCGUCAGCCGGUGCUGAUCACCGUGUUUUAGUUUGGGAUUUAGCACACGGUCAUCUUGUCGCUGCCUUGUCGAGUCAUUCUGGUACCAUUCAUUGUUUGUCAUUUAGUAGAGAUGGAAAUAUACUAGUCUCAGGAUCGUUAGAUUGUACGAUCAAGUUGUGGGAUUUCACGAAACUCGCCGAAGAGAUGAGUUUGGAAGAUGUGAAUGUAUCGCAUAACCCAGACGUAAAAACGAACGCGGAAACAUAUCUUCUUCGAACGUUUGCAACAAAAAACACGCCCGUGUUCACACUACACUUCUCGCGAAGAAAUUUACUCUUGGGCGUUGGAAUGUUCGAGUCAACUUAGCAAAUGUAAUUACCGUUCAACGACUUUUACCAUUAUCGAUAGGGCAUGGUCCAACAUCGGCUCGUCAUUGUUGUAAAAUAAGAACGUUUGUUAAUAAAUUU